UUAAAAUAUCUAAUCCAACGGCGGAAAAACCAGAUCCAAAUUUUAUUAAUCAUCCAAAACACCAUACAAAAUUCUUCUCUUUCAAACUUGUCACUUUCCGAGUCUUGAUAUUUUCUUACAGAAGCGCCGGCGAAAACCCUAGAUACUCCUACCGCCAGGCUAUUCUUUCUGUCUGCAUAAGCGAUGGCUGACGGUGAAUCUGACAAGAACAUUGAGAUAUGGAAGAUCAAAAAGUUGAUCAAAGCAUUGGAAGCUGCAAGAGGUAAUGGUACCAGCAUGAUUUCUCUGAUAAUGCCUCCACGCGAUCAAGUAUCUCGUGUCACUAAGAUGUUGGGAGAUGAAUAUGGAACUGCUUCAAAUAUCAAAAGUAGGGUAAACCGACAAUCUGUGCUUGGAGCCAUUACUUCUGCUCAACAGAGGUUGAAACUGUACAAUAAGGUUCCUCCGAAUGGAUUGGUUCUUUAUACGGGUACCAUUGUCACUGAUGAUGGAAAGGAAAAGAAAGUAACAAUUGAUUUUGAACCUUUCAAACCAAUUAAUGCAUCACUUUAUCUUUGUGAUAACAAGUUUCACACAGAAGCUCUAAACGAACUUCUAGAAUCAGAUGACAAGUUUGGUUUUAUAAUUAUGGAUGGAAAUGGAACCCUUUUCGGGACUCUAAGUGGAAAUACUCGUGAGGUGCUUCAUAAGUUUACUGUUGAUCUACCAAAGAAACACGGUAGAGGAGGGCAGUCAGCUCUGCGUUUUGCUCGUCUUCGUAUGGAAAAACGACACAAUUAUGUUAGGAAGACUGCAGAACUUGCUACUCAGUUUUACAUCAACCCUGCUACUAGUCAGCCUAAUGUUGCCGGACUCAUACUUGCUGGUUCGGCCGACUUCAAGACUGAGCUUAGCCAGUCCGAUAUGUUCGAUCCUCGCUUGCAAGCAAAGAUAUUGAACGUGGUCGAUGUUUCCUAUGGUGGGGAAAAUGGAUUUAAUCAAGCUAUUGAGUUAUCUGCUGAGAUUCUAUCUAAUGUGAAGUUCAUACAAGAGAAACGCUUGAUAGGAAAAUAUUUUGAAGAGAUAAGCCAAGAAACUGGGAAAUAUGUUUACGGAGUUGACGACACAUUGAAGGCUCUAGAAAUGGGUGCUGUUGAAACACUCAUUGUAUGGGAAAAUUUGGAUAUUAACAGGUAUGUGCUAAAAAAUGCUACAACCGGUGAGAUUGUAAUAAAGCAUUUGAAGAAGGAACAAGAGAGUGAUCAAAGCCAAUUCCGCGAUGCGGAAACCUCUGCAGAGUUGGAGGUUCAAGAGAAGCUGCCGUUACUUGAGUGGUUUGCGAAUGAGUACAAAAAAUUUGGAUGCACGCUGGAAUUUGUGACCAACAAAUCCCAAGAAGGGUCACAGUUUUGCAGAGGGUUUGGUGGCAUCGGAGGUAUGCUUCGCUACCAGCUUGAUAUCAGAUCAUUUGAUGAGUUAUCUGAUGAUGAUGGAGUGUACGAGGAUUCUGAUUAAAUGUGUAAUUGACGAGUUUGGUAGAAUCAGUGCCCCAAAAUCAUGGUACCGUUGUGAUUUUGUGAAAUCAAGGUUGAUUCCAAAUGUGCACUAAACAUCUAUUAUUCUAGUGUCUUGCAUUGAAUUUUGUUUUGGAUAAUUGUAUGAAUGACUUUUACUUCACCUAAUAUUUCCUAUACAUCAUUUGAAUUUUAUGGCA